GGUAAGUUUCAACCAUCUCUUCCCACUUGCACUGGUCCAAGACUUCUAGUAAUAAAAGGGGUGGAGGGUCAGCACUUGGAAGAGGUGAUGAAUUUCGAGAGUCAUGGCCAUCGAAGAAAACAUGAGCAGAGACGACCACGAACAUGACCUUGUGAUGCCCGGGUUUCGCUUCCACCCAACAGAAGAAGAGCUGAUUGAGUUCUACCUGCGUCGCAAGGUUGAAGGCAAGCGUUUCAACGUGGAGCUCAUUACCUUCUUAGAUUUGUAUCGUUACGAUCCUUGGGAGCUCCCAGCAUUAGCUGCCAUUGGAGAGAAGGAAUGGUUCUUUUACGUGCCCCGAGACAGAAAGUACCGUAACGGCGAUAGACCCAACCGAGUGACAACCUCCGGAUACUGGAAGGCAACAGGAGCAGACAGGAUGAUCCGAGGUGAGGACUCACGACAAAUCGGCCUGAAGAAGACACUUGUAUUUUACUCCGGCAAGGCCCCAAAGGGUAUUCGAUCAAGUUGGAUUAUGAAUGAGUAUCGACUGCCUCAAGCCGAUACUGAUAGGUAUCAGAAGGCUGAAAUAUCGCUCUGUCGAGUGUACAAAAGAGCAGGCGGUGAUGACCAUUAUAAUCUCCCGAGCACUCUCUCUUCCAAGACAGCUUCAUCAAGACAAUCACGACCGAAUACAGUUAAUCAACCAAAACCGGCAUGUGCCGCCUUUCCUGGAGAUUCAUCCUCAUCUAAUUCACAGUCCUCAGCAGAGAAGUUGCAGAAGGGAGUUAGCAGCGGCAGCGACCAACACGCUCUCCUUCACGUUCCCACAACUGCAUCACUAGUAGAAGGAGAGGAUGCAACUACUGCAGGUGUUGCUGAUGGUUUCACUUCUCUCCUGCCCUUUCCAUCACAACCUCAGCAGCAUCCCUUCAGCAUGUUGGAGUACUGGAACUACCUCCAGCAACCAGAUGCCGGAAGGGAUUUCACUUCUAAUUUCAAGUAGUUAAAUAUCCACUGCAAAUUACAUGUAUAUGACUAGGCUUUGUAACUUCUAAGACUCGUAUGUAUUAUUUUGCUUGGUAGUUUCAACGAUAUUACUAC